AGGGAGAGGGAGAGGGAGAGGGAGAUUUUGUUUUGACUAUAUUGGUGAAGAGGAGGCAUCCCUUGUGGGUGGAGGGUUUCUUUCCCAGCGGCCAGCCAGCCAGCCAGCCAGGGUCUGCCUGCUUUUCUUUUACUGUUCUUUCUUCUCCAAACUCUCUCUCUAUACAUUCAUCUUCUUCUUCUUCCUUUCUCUCCCACUUCUUCUUCUUCUUCUUCUCAUUUUGCAAAUCACAAACCCCACCACAUAUUCCGGGAAAAUGACUGACAGAGUCCACCCCUCUGCCAAGCCCAACGGCAACGGUGUAGCCACCGCCGGCGCCACCAACCCCCCGGUGUUCCCGCCGGCCAAAACCCAUCUCCCAAACCCCACCCGGCCCCCCUACCGCCCCCGCCCCAGCCACCCCCGCCCCCGCCGCAGCCGGCGGAGCUGCCUCUGCCUCUGCUGCUUCUGGACCUUCCUCCUCCUCACCGCCCUCCUCCUACUCGCCGCCAUCGCCGGCUGCGUCGCCUACGUCCUUUACAGCCCCCGCCGCCCCGCCUUCUCCGUCGCAACCCUGAGAAUCUCCCGCUUCAACCUCUCCACCACCCCCUCCGACGGCACCACGCACCUCACCUCCAGCCUGAGCCUCACCAUCUCCGCCAAAAACCCCAACAAGAAGCUCACCUACUUCUACGACCCUAUGGCCAUCUCCGCCGUCUCCGGCGAAGUCUUAAUCGCAAACGGGUCGUUCCCAUCCUUCACCAGCUACCCAAAUAACGUCACUUUGGUCCGCUCUUCACUCUCCACCACCUCCCAAUUCAUCGACGCUGACUCUGCGAGUUCUCUAAAAUCAGAUCUAAAGAAGAAAAACGGUUUGCCGCUGAAAAUUGUGAUGGACACGAAGGUGGUGGUGAAGAUGGACAAACUGAAGGGCAAGAAAGUGGGCAUCAGAGUCACAUGCGAAGACAUCCAUGGCGUUCUCCCCAAGGGCAAAUCUCCGGCGAUUGCUUCCAUUUCCGAGCCCAAGUGUAAGGUCGAUCUGAGGAUCAUGAUCUGGAAAUGGGCCUUCUGAUCUAUCUGCCAUUCGUGCACUCUCGGUUGUUUGUCGGCAAGUUUCUUUUUUUUUUUUUUUUUUUCUUUUUUUAAUUGGGUUUUGUAAACAUUUCUGGGAAAUGAAGGUGUUAGUAGAAUUAAUAUGUUGUGAGAAAGACUGCUUUGAAAGGAAGGAACUCUUCAUUCA